AUGGGUCCUGGUUACGGAAGCCGGGGAAGACUGAGAGCAAAACCUGCCUCAAGGAAUUAGCCGCGAAAAGCUGGGUAGCGGUGUAGAAGAGGUAUUUUAGGCCUAAUGGCGACUGUGGGAGCAAGCAGCAGCGAUGGGAAGGGGCAAGGGGUGGAGACCCCUGUCACCUAUUACCGUUUGGAGGAGGUAGCGAAGCGCAGCACCGCGAAGGAGACAUGGCUGGUGAUCCACGGGCGAGUCUACGAUGUCACCCGCUUCCUUAACGAGCAUCCUGGCGGAGAAGAGGUUCUGAUAGAACAAGCUGGUGCAGAUGCAAGUGAAAGCUUUGAAGAUGUAGGCCACUCUACUGAUGCCAGAGAAAUGCUAAAGCAGUACUACAUUGGUGAUGUGCAUCCGAAUGACCUUAAACCUGGAAGUGGUAGCAAGGACCCUUCGAAAAAUAACUCCUGCAAAAGUUGCUGGACAUACUGGGUUUUCCCCAUCAUAGGCGCUGUUCUCUUAGGUUUCCUGUACCGUUACUACUACACGUCGGAAAGCAGAUCCUCCUGAGGAGGCCUUGACGUCUGGAAAGCGAAUCCACUUGGGAGUGAAAACUAGAGACUUGUCUGGAGGCUGCAGUGGUGCCCUGUUCCCAAAUCCUACCAGUUGUAUUCUUCCCUUUGGCGCCCAGACGAUUAAGCCACGCGUUCACCUCAGGCCUGGGAACAGUGUCCUCCUUUCUCAGAGCCUUACUCCCACAGCACCUGCUCGCUGUUCCGUGUCCCCCAGUGUUUCCUGUCUUCACUGGUUUCCACAAGCACCUUUAUAUUACACAAUUUUCUGUUAAUUACUGCAAUCCAUAUGUCCUGUGGCAUUGCCAUUUGAUAAAAAUGCCUGCUUUCCAAUACUUUGAAUGCACAUGAGACAUUCUUAACAUAGCAGCACACUCUGGUUUUGAAGAUUUUUUCCCCACUCUUAAGUAAAUAUCAUUAUUCUAAAAUUCUGACUUAAUUUUAUUAUUUUUCCUAAGGGGUUUAAUUCAUGAAGUAAGUUGUACACCUGCACCUUAAAACACAACUGCCAAAUGAUCUCCUUCCUUGUUUAUAUUUGUUAAAACUAGAAAGAGCCGUGGGAUCAUCUCCCUCCCCAGCUAGUGCAGCCGGUAGCUCUUGCCACCCCUUGUGUGGUGCUGGACAGAACUGUGCUUCCCUUUCAUUUCUCAGAACAGAGAGACACAGGGAAAUGGAGCCAUGAAUUGGAGUGAUAGGGCGAGGUCAUAGCAGUCUUUCUUUUGAAAAAUGGAAACACGGCUAUAGGACAGGAGCUUGGAAAAAGCACCAAAGACUUUGUCCUUUACUUUGGUUUGCCACCGGUUUCUAGCCAUCUUUUGUCUUAUUUUUCCUUUCCCGCAACCAUCUUUCUCAGUAAAGUAUAAAUUUGUAAAUAUGUCUAUGGAGCUUUAGCAGUGACUGUCACUGCUUUUUUGUUUAUUGGUUAGGAAAUUUUUUAUUCCCUGUUUUAAUGAAAGUAAGAGUCUCCCGAUUGAUCAGAGCUACAGUAUUUGAUCUUCUGUUUGGCCAGUGAGCACUUGAAAUGGGGGGAUGGUGACAAGAGAGUGUUUUCCAUUUCAUCUGUUUUUUAUCUCCGUGGUUCAGACUUGUGGUUGUGUUGUUUUUCUUUUGAGAAUAAAAACCUCGUAGUUUUGUUUUUUUUUUUAAUCUUUUCUUUUCUUGGAGGAGUGUUACUUUGAAGAGUAGGUUACUGCUUAGAAUUAUGUUAGUGUUUCUUCUUUAUUCAGGAAUUUCUUUGGCAUAUUUGCCUUUCUUUUUUCCCCCCUGUGGAAGCACCUGCGGAGGCAGUUCACUGACUCUUCUGCCAGCCGCCGUUCGUGGCGGUCUCCCCGUCCUCAGAAGGCUACCAAUCUGCCGCUGAGCCGUCUUCACAGGCUGCAGGGAGCAGUGUGGUUCCAGGCGGGCCACGGGCACUGCGUGGUAUCUCCCGCCUGCCAGGGACUCGACAGCACAGGAAACUGCCGCACACCGGUGUCUGCCCGUGCAAACUA